AUGCCUUCGUAUGAUAAGUUUCUGAAAGAUAUUUUAACAAACAAAAGGAAACUCGGUGAUGGCAGAGCUAGUGUUAGUUUUAUUCCUCUUUCCAUCUACGAGAGGCUCUAUUUAGGAGAUUUGAAACCAACAAAGAUGUCCUUUCAGCUGGCUGACCGAUCAGUAAAAUACCCAGUAAGAAUAGUAGAAGACAUCCUAGUAAGAAUCAGCCAGAUGUAUAUUCCUAAUUUUUUAGUGAUGGACAUUAUAAAAAACUCUCAUAUCAUGAUCUUGUUAGGUAGACCUUUCUUAGCUACUUCCGGUGCUAUAAUAGAUGUAAAGAGAGCAAAGCUUACCUUCGAUGACACAUGUUGCUUUGUAGACAUAAUAGACAAGUGCUUAAAGGAGUUGUUGUUAGAAGCACUACCGACUAUAGAGUUAGUUGUGUCUCCGACACCAACAACAGAACUAAAGGAAGACGAGGUUGGGAUUUAUUUAGAUGAAGGUUUAGAAGAAUGA